GCGUGCAGACCGAGAACGGGGAGGAGAGAAGCAUCAGCCCCAACCAGCCCCCCCUUUUCUUGGGCUUGUAGGAAGGUGGGCAAGGGUUCACGGAGAAAACACAAGUGAUAGGUUGAACUAUCUAGUGGCUGGAAUCGACUGCUCUUGGAAUGACCUAAGGGCAGUGUUUACCAGAGUUUAGCCAGGACCAGCUGAGCAGGCACAGAUGCUCCACUGUGAAAUGCCACGCAGGCAGAGACUGACAAGCAGUAGGAGCUGAGCUUUUCCCUCCGACUGCUGUUUCCUGCUGUGUUCAGGGGAGGGGGUGCUCUCUGGCAACUCUGCUGCUGCUACUUCUACUACUUCGGCUUCCUCUCCACUCAAGGUAAGCAGGCUCCAAGGGAGGGCAAGCUGCAAGGGAAGACUUUGCAUCAUGAACAAGAUCCGAAAGUUUUUCCGAGGAAGUGGGCGAGUCUUGGCAUUUAUAUUUGUAGCUUCUGUCAUCUGGCUGCUCUUUGACAUGGCAGCUCUCCGCCUCUCAUUCAGUGAGAUCAACACUCGGGUCCUCAAGGAAGACAUUGUGAGGAGGGAGCAGAUAGGAUUCAGGGCUCAGCCCGACCAAAUGAAGAUCCUUUACAGCAGCCAUAAAGAAGUAAAGCCUCCACUGAGAGGACACGGGAAGGGGGCGUGGGACAAAGAGCACUUCAGACAGACUGAGGAGAGAGUGCUCAAGGGUGAGAAGGACUUGCACCAAACCCAGCCAGAAAGGAAAAUGCAAAAUGCCCUGGAAGGGGGCAAAGUUUUGCCUUUGUGGCAUCCUGCCCAACUGCAGACCCACCCAGUGACUCCUACCAAUCAGAAGACAGAAGGGAGACUCAUCAGACCUGAAGCCUCCUCCCGCCAGGUGGCAACAAAGGAAACCGCAGCUCAAGGGGCUCAGAAAACCCCAUUCAGAGCAGCCGGAGGAGCUCCGUUGAACAGAACAUCAGUACCCACAGGACCUGUUGAUAUAAAACAGGAGGACCUAAAGAGUCCCAGUCCCAGCAGUGACACAUCAAAACAAGCAGCUGAAAAAGACCUGAAUGGGACCAUCGGCCUUGCAACUGACCUGUCAAAGCAGCAGUCACAGGCUGUGGCAAAUGAGAGGACACACCCUGUCAGCCCACCCGUGCCAAAAUCCAGUGAAGCCAUAACCUUAAGGAAAACUGAGACUCAGAGUAAGGAACUAAAGGCAAAUAAACACAAAGCCAGUAAGGGUCUUCCUUUUUCCAAGUUCCUUGCCAAUUCCAAUCUCCUAAAGAAACAAUCUAUUAAUGAGACACAGUUGGGAAUCUUGCCAAAGGAUGAUGGGACUGAAGUGGCUCGUGCAAAGAAACUCAAUUUCUCUGAAAGCCGUGUUGUGAUUAUAACCAAGGAGGAGGAGCUGAAGACAGAUACCAAACAAGUCCCCAACUCUAAAACCAAAAUUUUGUUUCCUAAAGUCCUGGGUGCAAUCCAAAGUAAACACAUUCCCAGGAGUAGAAGUCAGGCAUCUUUUCCUUUACUCGCUUCACAGAGAGCCACUGUGUCUCAAACCAACCAAGCCUUAGCUAAAGGGACAGCACCAGCAAAAAUCAACUUCACUGCCCAGGCCCAGCCUGCAGGACACAAUCAAAGUCGAAUAGAAGCCCUUUCACCAGAGGACAGUGGGAUGCACCAAGUGUUGAGAAUUGAUGUGACACUUUCUCCAAGGGACCCCAAAGCCCCAGGUCAGUUCGGACUGCCUGUAGUUGUUCCCCAUGGAAAGGAGAAAGAGGCAAAAAGAAGAUGGAAAGAAGGAAACUUCAACGUCUACCUUAGUGAUUUGAUCCCAGUGGACAGAGCCAUUGAAGACACAAGACCAGCUGGGUGUGCAGAACAGCUCGUUCACAACAACCUCCCAACCACCAGUGUCAUCAUGUGUUUUGUGGAUGAGGUGUGGUCCACUCUCCUGAGAUCUGUGCAUAGUGUCCUCAACCGCUCUCCUCCACAUCUCAUCAAGGAAAUUCUGCUGGUGGAUGACUGCAGCACCAAAGACUACCUAAAAGAUAAUUUGGAUAAAUACAUGUCUCAGUUUCCAAAGGUUCGGAUUCUUCGCCUCAAAGAGAGACAUGGCUUAAUAAGAGCCAGGUUGGCAGGGGCACAAAAUGCAACAGGCGAUGUGCUGACAUUCUUGGAUUCUCAUGUGGAAUGCAAUGUUGGGUGGUUGGAACCACUUCUGGAAAGGGUUUAUUUAAGUAGAAAGAAAGUGGCCUGUCCAGUAAUUGAAGUCAUCAAUGACAAAGACAUGAGUUACAUGACAGUGGACAACUUUCAAAGAGGCAUCUUUUUGUGGCCCAUGAACUUUGGUUGGAAAACAAUUCCUCCAGAUGUCGUUGCAAAGAACAAAAUUAAAGAAACAGAUAUAAUAAGGUGUCCUGUCAUGGCAGGUGGAUUAUUUUCUAUUGACAAGAAUUAUUUUUUUGAACUUGGAACAUAUGACCCUGGCCUUGAUGUCUGGGGUGGGGAAAAUAUGGAGCUGUCAUUCAAGGUGUGGAUGUGCGGUGGUGAAAUUGAGAUCAUUCCCUGUUCUCGUGUGGGCCACAUCUUCAGAAACGACAACCCGUAUUCCUUCCCCAAAGACCGGAUGAAGACCGUGGAGAGGAACUUGGUGCGAGUUGCCGAGGUCUGGCUGGAUGAGUACAAGGAGCUCUUCUACGGCCACGGCGACCACCUCAUAGAGCAAGGGUUGGACGUCGGCAACCUCACCCAGCAAAGGGAACUUCGGAAGAAACUGAAAUGCAAAAGUUUCAAGUGGUAUUUGGAGAAUGUCUUUCCCGACUUGAAAGCUCCCCUUGUGAGAGCUGGUGGUGUGCUUAUUAAUGUGGCCUUGGGGAAAUGCAUUUCCAUUGAAAACACCACAGCCAUCCUGGCAGACUGUGAUGGGAGCAGUAAGCUUCAACAAUUUAAUUAUACCUGGUUAAGAUUUAUCAAGCACGGAGGAUUGUGCCUAGCCUCCAUUCCUGACAAAGGAGUCCUAACCCUGAACCGUUGUGAUAGUAGAAGCCAAGGGGUGAAAUGGCUGCAUAAAUCAGCGUCAGCCUUACACCCAAAACUGGUGAAUCACAUUAUUUUUGAAAACUAUCAGCAGUUGUUAUGCUUAGAAGCAAAUUUUUCUCAGAAGACCCUGAAUGUAGCUGCUUGUGAUGCAAUGAAGCCACAUCAAAAGUGGAAAUUUGAAAAGUAUUUUGAAGACUGAAGAGGAAUCAAUACUUUUAUCUAAUAAUUCUGUUAGAUACUGUGAAAAUAGCAAUGGACUUGGUGACUGUAUUUCUCCAGGGUUGUUUAAAUUUUUAAUUUUAGCAGCAUUUGAAUGGAAGAGUUGGAAUUACAAGAGGUGACUCAGGGAAGCAGUCCAUCAUUGGACUGGAGUCCUUCUACAGCAAAAUGUGGCCUGUUAAAUUGCCACUUUCCCACCCUGUGUGGGCACUGGUUCUGCAAGUUGCUCCCUCUGUGAUUGCAGGGAACCAGGAAUGAAGGCAGGCCACUUGAAGAAGCUCACAAUGAUACUCACAAUGAUUGUGUUUGAUAACAGCCAGUUCUUUUGACCCACAAGUAGGUAUAAUCAAUGAGAACUUGGUCUUUGAUUUGCCAUUUUUAAAAUACAGCCAAAACGGCUUGAGUUUAUAUAGAAAGCAAACUUUGGAAAGAUAACACAUCUGUCACCCUGAGUACAUCUAUCCAGACUACAUGCUUGUUUUCCUGAUUGUUUGAAAUAAUAUCGACCAACUAUUAAAGACCCUCCUUGAUCUAGAUUACCAAAUAAUGCUUUUUCACAGCCUGAGGAGGUGUAAAACUUUUUGCAGAAGGAAGAGUCUUCGAAUAUUAUUCAGUGCUAGGUAUGGGCAUUGUUUUAACUCAUUUUGUGCUUUUAAAGCUAUACUUUAAAAAAAUUGUCAUACAAGUAACUUCCUAGACUUACAUGAGUGUUAAAAAAAGGCAAAUAUGGAGAAGCAGAGACACAACUCACCAUAAUAACCAAAACAUUUACUCACAGAACACCUUGUAAGUAUGGAACAAGUGGAAGGAGUUGAAGUUACUAAAGCCAAAACAGAGUGAUGAAAAAUAUUAUUUCUUUGAUAUGGAAAUAACAAUAUACUUUAGAUUUAGCAACAUUCACAAUGAUGAAGUAUGCAAAAAAAAUGGACUCUAGCAGAUUUAAAAGAACAAAUAAAAUGUUGGAAAUGUAAUGAAAGGGAAAGAGAAAGAGGUAAACAACUCUUUGGGAGAGAGUCAAGGAAAAAUUUCCCUGGACUUGGCCAAAGGAGAAGGGAGAUCUUGUACCACCAGCAAGAAUUAAACAGCAAAUCCCUCAGUGUUGACACAAUGACACAUGGACAAAUUUGGAGGAAAAUUCAAUAUUUCUUUGAUCCAAAUUGAGCCUCUAAUCUUAAGCAUACCAAUAUUUAGACAUGCCAAAGAAAUCUGAGAAUUUAGGAUGUUAUUUACAAUUGCUUUAUUAAUGGUAAAUUGAUGCCCAAAAGACAAAUUACUUGUCUAAAAAUCCCAAGCAACUUAGUAAGAGAAUCAAGAUUAGAAUUCAAAUCUCCAGAUAGGGGUCAUUGUCCUGCCUCAGAUCAUUGAACUUAGACACAUGUGCCUGCAUGGUACUAGAAAGACACACAACCCUCUUUCCUGGAUCUUUUCCUGAAUCUCUGGAGGAAGCUCUAUUCUUGCUAAUAUUAAAAUUUUUUUAACCUCUGUUAAGUUCAGAUGGUGGUAAAACUGUUCAUAUUUAGUUCUGACUUCCUAUUUCACAUUUAGUUUUAAUUCCAAACUAAUUAGUAAAAAGUAGAGCUAUAACUAAGAAUGGGAAAAAGAAACAUUUUUGCACAUUUGUGAUGUGCUUAAGAUAUUUUAUUCAAAUAACUGAUUAUUGCUGCUGAGAUUGGAGAGUAGAUGAUGAGAUAAUUCUUUUUAAAAAUAGCCCUAUGAAAUAAAAAACACAUCAGUAACCGGUUGAAUUAUUGACCAAGAUGAAUACUUUGUGUACCUGUCUAAUUCUUCAAACCACUAAAAACAUGAUAUGCCUUUCCUCAGGUCUAGUGACUCUUGUUAUCCAAAAGCAGUUUUCAGGAAGAAAAAUCAACUCCUCUCAGAAAAUGAUAAUUCAUGUUUUGGGUACACUUACCUUUGGGUAUACCAGCUGAGAAACUUGAAUGCUUUUCUCAAAAGACUAUAUAGUCUAUUCAACGUGUGUUCUUCCUAACUUUGACAUACUCAUUAUAUGAAGCUAUAUUUAAAUCUAUGUUAUCGAUAUAAAAAAGGAUUAUUUUCAGACAUGAUAUAUUUGU